AAACCAAAACUAGACGGGAGAUCAGUCCACGGUCCACCCUUGUUCUUCUUCUACCUGGAGAAGAACCCACUGCAGUAUCAAACAUGCCCCCUCAAACUCUCCUCUAAUGGCUACCUUUCACAGACAUGAAUCGUCGUGCUCUCUCCUUCUCAACCCACAUCAGUCCCUUCUUCUCCGAUAAACCUCGCCUACUCAUUUCUGCUCCAACCCAUUUGGUCCAAACCCUCUCCUCCUUAUCCUCCGCCCAUUCCAGACCUUUCCCUGACUACUCCCCUAAGAAACCCACCAUCAAAGACUCCGAAUUUAUCCACCAAAUCUCCACCACCGUCAAGCACCGCCGCGCCGAGCCCCUCCGGCGCGUUCUCAAACCCUACGAAUCCAGGUUCAGACCAGACCACCUCAUUUGGGUUUUAAUGAAAAUAAGGAGUGAUUACCGAUUAGUCGUGGAUUUCUUUGAAUGGGUUUGUCUAAGGAGGGACCCAUCAAUGGAAUCCAUUUGCAUUGUUGUUCACAUUGCUGUUGCUGCUAAUGACCCUGAAAAGGCCCACGGGCUUAUUAGGGAUUUUUGGGUCAAGGAAACCCAUUUGGGUAAUAGUGUUUUAUUUGCUCAAUUUGUUGAGAGAUUGGUUUAUACUUAUAAGGAUUGGGGAUGUAACCCUUUAGUGUUUGAUAUUUUCUUUCAAGUCCUUGUUGAAGUUGGCAUGCUUGACGAGGCGAGAAAACUAUUUGAUAAGAUGUUGAAUUAUGGUGUAGUUAUGUCCGUCGAUUCUUGUAAUCUGUUUCUAUCGCGCCUGUCGAAGGAUUUUGAGGGGCUUGAGAUGGGGUUGAGGGUUUUCAGGGAAUUUCCUGAAGUGGGUGUUUGUUGGAACACUGCAUCACAUAAUAUUGUGAUGCACUUGCUUUGUCAAUUAGGGAAAGUUAAAGAAGCUCAUAACUUAUUGCUGCAAAUGGAGUUUAAGGGGUGCAUGCCUGAUGUUAUAAGUUAUAGUACCUUGAUUAAUGGGUAUUGUUGUGUGGAAGAGUUUCAGACUUUGAUGAGACUUGUAGAAGAGAUGCAAAUUAAGGGCUUGAGGCCAAAUAAAUUUAUAUUUGACAGUAUUAUCUUUCUUUUAUGCAAGAAUAGAAAGGUUUUGGAUGCGGAGACAGUGUUUAGGGAGAUGUUGAGGCAGGGAGUAAUACCGGAUAAAGUGGUCUAUACAACUUUAGUUGAUGGUUUCUGCAAGGUUGGGAAGGUUUCGUUUGCAUACAACCUGCUCGAUGAAAUGCAGAGCCAUGGCAUUAUUCCUGAUUUUGUAACGUAUACUGCUAUUAUAUGUGGGCUUUGUCAAAUUGGAAAGAUGGUUGAAGCAAAUGAACUUUUCCAUGAAAUGGUUAGUAGGGGGAUGCAAGCUGAUGAAGUUAUGUAUACAGCACUCGUCGAUGGUUAUUGCAAGUCAGGUGAGAUGAAGAAGGCCUUUUUACUUCAUAACCAGAUGGUCCAAAUUGGUCUGACUCCAAAUGUUGUUACCUACACUGCUCUUGCUGAUGGGCUUUCUAAACUUGGGGAGGUAGAGACAGCAAAUGAGCUUCUUCAGGAGAUGUGUGCGAAGGGUCUCGAGCCGAACAUUUUCACCUACAACUCACUUGUCAAUGGGCUUUGUAAAGCAGGAAAUAUAGUGCAAGCAGUAAAACUAAUGGAAGAUAUGGAUGCCGCAGGGUUACAGCCUUGCACUAUAACGUACACUACUGUGAUGGAUGCGUAUUGUAAGUCGGGAGAGAUGGUGAAGGCUCAUGACCUUCUUAGGGAGAUGCUGAAUAGAGGGCUAAAACCCACAAUUGUUACAUUCAAUGUGCUGAUGAAUGGAUUUUGUAUGUCAGGGAUGUUAGAAGAUGGUGAGAGGCUUCUAAAUUGGAUGUUAGAGAAAGGUAUAAUGCCGAAUGCCACUACCUACAAUUCUCUCAUGAAGCAGUACUGCAUUAGAAAUGAUAUGCGUGCGACAAGUGAAAUAUAUAGGGGGAUGCAUGCUCAAGGAGUGGUGCCAGAUAGUAACUCCUACAACAUACUUAUAAAGGGGCACUGUAAAGCGAGGAACAUGAAAGAGGCAUGGUUUCUACACAGAGAGAUGGUUGAGAAGGGGUAUCGUCUGACGGUUGCUUCUUAUAAUGCGCUAAUCAAGGGUUUCUUUAAGAGGAAAAAAAUUUCUGAGGCAAGGAAAUUGUUUGAAGAAAUGAGGAGAGAAGGGUUGGUUGCAGAUGGGGAAUUAUACAGCAUUUUUGUUGAUUUGAACUACAGUGAGGGGAGCAUGGAUAUCACUCUUGAGCUUUGUGAUGAAGCGAUAGAGAAAUGUCUCAUGGAUAAGAGCAACAAAGAGAACACAUAGCUUGGUUUGCUUGCAACUCUUUCAUUGGGUUGUUGGGUGAAAAAAUUCCCAUUGUCCUAUGCAUGAGCUUGAAUGGUUGGAUUUUCUGAAUUGCUCACCGCAUGAGCCCACGUCCAUGAAAACUGACAUGGAUGAAAGAGAGGCUGUAGCGGAAGUCAGCUAGGCUUGGUAAAAGAAAGCGCAUCCAGCCUCACAAAAAUAAAAUGGAGGCACAUCUCCUUUCUCUCUCUCUCUCUCUCCGUCAAAUUUCGACCCUGACGACCAACAAUUGCCAUGGCGAGGAAGACCAAAUAGGUGCUUUGAAGAUUGUUGAAGCUACCAGUCUCAAACCCUAGGAGGCGAUUUUCCCCAAUGCUCGAACCCUGGCCGUCGAUCCUUCUCGGGCAUCGCCUUACACCGAGCCCUCUUCUCCGGCGUUCCCAUAUCCUUGUCCUUUCGCUUACCCGUUGCCGUGGAUCACCGAUCGACGUGGUUUUCCGAUUGAGGGGGCUGCUUCUACUUUUGCUUUUGAUUUCACCGGGUGCCGAUCUCAAUCAUCGGGAUCCUUCAACGUUUUCAACCCUCACCGAUCUGUCCAGAUGAAGAUUGAUGAGUGUGUGGCUAUCAGGUGGAGGCCAAACUUUGAAACUAUAAUGUACGCCUACUGCCCUCCACAGAUCACAAAGCCCAAGUACCCAAAAAUUUGAAGCUGCUGGUUGUUCCCCUGUUUGAACUCUAUGACAAUGUUCAGAGAUAUGAGCCGGUUUUAUCAACAAUUCCACAGCAACUUUCCAGGUUCCAUUUCAAUAUAAUGCAUCAUGAAACAAGGUGCUUGCAAGUUUUUGGUGAUGGAAGUUUUAGAACAUCAUGUAUCCAUUUCGAUUAAGGACUAUCCUGGUUAGAAGACAGGCUAAUUGCUCAAGCUAAUGCAACUUAGGUUUGUAGUUUGCUGCUGCAUGUAUUAUGUGGCCUCAAAGAGUUGUAGUUUCAAUUUACCUGCAGAAACAAGAUCAUAGGAGGCCUCCGUAUGUUUCAGUUCAUGAGGGUUGGGUUGGGUUUUUAUGGAUUUCAGGUUUAAUGAUGGGUUGCGUGUGCCUGUUUUAUGGUCAUGAGAGUAGGCUUGUGUUUGCUUCUAAGUUUGUGGAAACAGUAGGAAGCAUACCUUGAAAGCUGUAUGUAUUUGAUUUAUGGGAAAUGUGUUAGCCUGCUAAGUAUUUGCUUUUCUAAUGUUCAGUUUUCUGGUAGCUACUCUAAUUUGCAGAAGAUUAGGGAAAUGAAGUUAAAUGGUGUAAUUUUAGAGGCUUUUAUUAUAACCUUGUCACCCUGUCGCGUUACUUUUGAUUGAACUCAAGUGGGAUAGUCACUACAACAAAGAUGACUUUUUAUAGCAUUAUCUACCAGCGUUCUUUUAAGAAUGCUAUGAAAGGAAACCAAAUAUAGCAUUCAGUGAUAAGGAGAGGCGGAAAACUCGCGCCUAGAAUAUUAUAGCGUUCAUUAGAGUAUCUAAUAGCGUUCCACAAAAAUUACUUUACUUGGCGCCCUAUCCCACACCCCCUUACUGAAUUGCUUAUAAUUAGUUUGAGUGAAUAUUAUUCCCUCUUUUCAACUCCUAACCGUGAGAGGGCUAAGAGACAUUUGGCAUGCUUAGUUAGCUGCUUGGAAAUCCAUGAUGCGUUACUCUUUCAACUCCUCUGUCUAGGAGGGCUAAGAGUAUUAGAUCAGUGGUGUCUUUUCUCUUUGUCCAACUCCCAAAUCUGAGGAGGGCUAUGAGACCAUUUGAAUGUGUAGCCAACACUGAGAGGCUGUUUUCUGCUGUUGUUGCUGGAUUGGAACUGAAUGAGGAAACGUCUUAGUGUUGAUCUCUUUCUUUCUCUGGUUCAACUACUGCAUUCUUCUGUUUGCAGCGAGACAAUAAUUGAAUGAUGAACAAAUUAGUAUUGAACUUGCUGCAAAUCUGUUUUGAGCUAUGGAGAUUAAUCUGGAUGAGCUGUGGAGAUUCAUGAACCAAUGGGACUGAACUGCUCCUAAUGGGACUGAAUUGCUAAGGUUUUGGUUACUAAUGGAGCGGAGCUGAAGGAGGUUCUGAAUGUCAAUUUCUUGCUACUCAAUCUUGGUGGGAUUAGUGGAGGAGUUUUGCUAGUCUACUGAGCCUGCAGCUUUUGGGAGGGCUAAGAGAUGUCAUUGUUGGUUGCUGGAUGAAAUUGUUUGUGGUGGUUAUUCAGAUGCAAACCUGUUCCCUAAUGUUGAUAGUUCCUGGAAGGUAUGUGGAUGACUUUGGGAGUAGAAAGGGUAUAAGCUCGGCAAAGAAGUAUGCUUCAAGUAAAGAAAAUCUGCGGCAUGUGAUUGUUGGCUUAGUACAUGAUUACAUUUUCAAGAAGGGGGAAUUAGAUUAGUUUUUUUUUUUUUUUUUUUUCAAUGAGUCUAAUUAGUUAGACUCUUUUAUGUAGUUUGUGUUCUAAGCUAAUGUAAUGAACAUGUAUUCGAUAUUGUACAUUGACGUUUGGAUAUAGUUGGUGUUGAAUGGAUUAAAUCAUUGUUAUUUCUUAAA